GUGUCGCUCUGCUCGCCGUUAUGCUCUUCGGAUCUUUCGUUCCUCCACGCGUUUCGGUAUCAACCCUUUGAGCCCUUCACUUUCGAGUGAAACGCCACUCGAGCGCUUCAUUUUCUCUGGCCUUUGCCUCAGAAUUCUUUUUUCAUUUUUGUGAAUUUUUCCACAAUUUCGGAGCACUGUCGUUUUGCACGUUUUGAAAUUUUGCCACCAUCUCCGUGUGUUUUCAGACUUUGCCUGCAUCUUCGCACGCACCUUUUCGGAAUCUUUUUCUUGCACUCGCGCGAAUUCAUUAAUCCGUUUUUCGUGCGUCUUGAGUUGAGAUUUAAAGCGCGGGCCGCGCGUUCGUAUCGCGGCACCGACGAAACUCGAAGCACGAGACGAGUGCAUUUCUGCAUGAUGAAGCGCAUCCUCGACACUCGCUCGCGUGAGCACCUACGGCGCUCGUGAAAGCCCGUGAUCGCGAAACUGUGACUGAUCGACAGCCGGCGCUGCCUUCCCUGGAUUUUUUUGCGGUUUAAUCUGACACGCUGCGUGAACAUCGAUCAGGCAGGAGGUGAGAACGCGGCUCGCGAGCAUGAAAGUGGAGGGCGGAGUGGCGACGACGACGGUCCUCCAUAAGGUCAAGGUCAAGGAAGAGAAGGAAUGCUACCAACAGGCCCCGCCGUCGUCCACGUCGGCGGCGACCACCACGACCGUCGUGACGCUCACCGUCUCGGCGGCGACGGCGAUCACCACGACCGUCACUAGCAGCAACGGCGUCUCCACCGUGGGCGCGAGUCCAUCGACGACCACCACGGUGGUCCCUGCCACCCCCGCCCUGCAGCAGUCCUCCGGUAUUAUCUGCCAUCCGCCGACAACCGUCUCCAACCCCGCCGACUCCUUCCCAGUCGAUCUUGAUCUCAAGGCCAAGAGCAAGGCGUCCUCCGCGUCCCGGGAGAAGCCCACGCGGGAGGAAGCGGUCCAGCCCGAGGCGCACUCACCCUCCUCUCAGCAGCAUCAAAGGAUCGGUCAGCAGAAGCAGACGAACGGCUCUCGCUCGGAGUACAAAGGUGCGUCCGGUUGCUCCAGGUCCUCCGACAACGACAGUCCAUUGCCGACGCAGUCGCUCAAACCUGAUCUCGAGGAAGGACCCGGCGUCGUCAAUGCUGGGCCCCAAAGGACGGACGAGCAGAGUGAAGGCGCCGCUUUGGCGAACGGCACUGCCAGUGCAUCCAGAUGCGUCAGUGGCAUUUUCGCGGGACACGGCAAGCUCAAGAGGCUGCUGGGCACACUGGUGCAAUUCGCCACCGACAUCUCCACGGACACGGGUGAUACGGUGCGCACGCUGGUGCUCGCGCUUUUGAGCGGCAGCAUGACCGCGGAGGAGUUUCACUCGGCGUUGCAGGAAGCGACCAACUUCCCGCUCAGAGGAUUCGUCCUGCCAUAUCUCAAGCAUACCUUGCCGUCCUUGCAGAGGGACUUGAGCAACGCAGCCAGAGCGAGCAACCAGAGCUGCGUGCAGUUUCUCCGGUCCAACGAAUCCGCCGUUUUGGAGGCCGUAGGGCUGGUCCCGUCCGGCGAGUCCGUCGAAGUCUUCGGCGAGCACGGGGGUGCGAACGGGAUCGGUGGUGGUAAUCAGUGCUCCGCUCAUUACGCCAUGCGCUCAAAUUCUAAUCCUGGCGUCGGCGCUAUUCAGCACACGGCGGGCAGCAACGCCGCGGGCGCGUUGCACCAUUAUCCUGGAGUCGCUCAUGCACCGAAACGCCGUGCCUCCGACACCCCGUACUAUGAGAACGGUGCUCUUCUGGAUGACAUGCCGGUCUACGGCAAGAGACCUACCAACCUGUGGAGCCAUCACCAUCAGCAGCAACAGCAACAGCAGCAGCAACAACCGACGGAUCCUUACUGCUGGUAUCAUCCGCUGCACUCCUCGGGUGGAUCGAUUCAAGGUCACGCGCACGGCCACGGUCACGGGCCGAGUCCUGUACCGCCUAGUCUCGUGCAGAUUAAUCAGAUAAACGCGUUUUCCGCGCCGCACCAUCUGACCCAGCAACCGCAGCAGCCGAUGGGCCACGGAUUGCAGGUCCAAAACGGCGGCAGUCUUGAUGACGAGUGGAAGAACAUCCAUGUGAUGCUCAACUGCAUCCUUGGCAUGGUCGAAAAGACGAAGCGAGCGUUAGCGAUCCUUCAGCGACGUGGGUGUUCCAGCCCAGCGGCUGCGGCGCCACCGCCAGGUGUAGUCACGGCACAGAACGGUACCAGCAACAACGGCAGCAGCAACAGUAAUAACAAUCCCUCGUCGACUAACGGCGCGCAGGUCGAGUCAUCCACCAGUGAUCGGGAUGGCAGCCUGAAGCGACUGUCCGGUGAAAUCGUCGCGCAGACGAUCCGGGCGACCGAGGACAGGGUGGCCGAAGUUAAACGGAGAGCUGAGGAAGCUGUGCUAGAAGUGAAGAGGGCUGCAGUAGCGGAAGUGCAACGCGCCGUCGCGGUUGCGGUUGCAGAGUCGAGAGCGAACGAACGUAUGAGAGUCCACCGAUUGCUGGACCUGCCAGUGUCGCAAAGAAAUCACAGCAGCCUUCGUCAAGGCCCUUUCUUGAGGGUUCACGGGAGCUCGAGCGCGGUGGAGACCAGCGCUCGGAACGUGACGACGCCGACGACGACGCCAAAUUCGGCGUCCACGGAAGACGAGAAAGACGUACAUCUCACCAGCAUGAUGGGAUCUAGCUGUUGGAACUGCGGCAGGCCUGCCCUGGAGACUUGCGGUGGUUGCGGCAUCGCCCGAUACUGUGGUUUCUUCUGUCAGCAUCGCGAUUGGGAGGCCAGUCAUCACGCAACCUGUAAUAACAAUCUCCCGCCGCGAGAACCACGAAGAUCAACUUCACGCAGUCCGCCGAGAGUCAUCGCCGCGAAUCUCUCGACGAGCGUCAACGAAGUGGACGUUGCACCGCCGGUCGCAUCUGCUGGCGUCGCGAAGGGGAAGUGACGUCGCGGUGCGAGGAACAACUCGGGUCACCGAUCGAUCAGAUCGACCGACUACGAGUCGCGCUAAUCGCGCAUUCCUGCAAGGAUUCUCUUCUGUAAAAAGUUGGAUGAAUUAAAAGAAAUCGAGAGAAGUCCAUUUCUGUAAAAUUGAAUAUCUGAUCUUCUCGCCAUUAGGGAUUGGUAUAAAAUCACUUGCCAGAUUUAUUUCAUUUUUCAUGGAAAUAUACAGGUAGAAAAAAAUUGACGGUUUGAAAGCUAAAUUGUUAAUUUUAAAAACUUGAUGCGUUCGCAUAAUAAUUCAAAAGUUGCUAUCAAUCCCAUUUAAUUCAUCCAUUUGCUACAGAACCUUUGCCGAUCAUACAUCUUCUGCAUAUACUCAUCAGUAUAUCCUUUUCUUUCUAUGAAACUGACUGGAGAAUUCUUUCAUAAUACAUCUGGAAAAGUUUGGACGAUCUGUGAAUCUGAACAAAAAUUUAUCUAGAUGAUUAUUCGCUUUUUAAGGAAAAUUGAUAAUUAAACGAGCAUUAAUAAAUGAGAAUUGCGGACAUAUGCUGGUUAGAUGAUCAAUUUUCCUAAAUAGAUACAUCUCUACUCAUCCGUACUCGUCUCGUUCCGGCGUUUCAAAUAAGAGAAUAAUAUACAAUGCUAUAUGAAAAUAUUAUUUAUAAAUCGAUUCAAUAAUUUCGAUAUCUAGCAAUUAUUUUGGAGAAUUCUACUUACUUGAAUAUAAAACUGCAAAAGGCAUCUAAAAAGUGAAGGGUUUUUGAAAAUGAACAAUUUAUAUUGUUUGUAUUACUAUCUCGAUAGUAUAAAAUUUAUACUUUAUACUGUCAGUUAAUGAGCAAAAAUGGUCAACGUUAAAAAUGGACGAACAUAUAGAUGAGUAAAUAAACCUCUUAGGUAACUUGAUUAUACUCGUACGUCUCGAGUGAAACGUCGGGCGUGAUAAAUGUGUUUUAGAACUUUAUCAAUUAAUCACACAUGAAAUGGGCAACUGAUUUCACGUCAAGUAGCGUAACUGGCCACAUAGGCGUUUGCGUUUUCUGGAUAAAUAGCACCGGCGAAAUAUGCACAGCACUAUCGUAAAUGUAUACAUUUAUCAACAUUGUGCCAGCCGUUCUCCUUUUCAUCUUCUGCUUCGAAUCGCAGAUUUCCAAUCCAUUUAUUAUCUAGGAUUAUACCGAACAAUAGAUUAAUAAUGCGCGUCUUAAACGCUUUUUGCAAUUGAAAGAAUGAUAGGUAACAGUAAAUCCGAUCAGUGAAUCGCAGAUGUGCGUUCCGUAUUGUUCUGAAUCGAUAUUAGCAGUAAAUAUAGCAUUAUGAAAUAAUCCAUCUUAUUAGCACGUAGGCACACUUCUUCAUUUCACAAAUGAAAUUUCUCAAUAUUCUCCAACCAAGGAAGCCAGAAGAAUUAGCGAAUACAGACAUAACUUAGAAAAUGCAUUUUCUUGUUCGUAACAAUUUUGGUGAAGCACAAAACUUUCGCUACUCUUAAUAUCGGUCGAAUAUAAUAUAUAUUAUGCAAAUAAAAUCAUGACGUUGCACGAGUUAGUUUUUCUUCUUGCUGUCAGAUGAUCGAGCAUUAUGUGUUCUCUCACUAUCAUGGAUGUAACUUUUUAUCGUGUCUCAAUAUUAACACCGCAAAAUAUCGUUACGAAACUGCUAUGUAUUGCGAGAUGAAACUGACGCGUACAUACACACGAUAUGUACAUACACACAGCAAUUAUUCGAUUUUAUUGCGUAACUACGCUCACCUCGAUGUUUCGUGCACGAAGAACGAAGCACAUCGAUUUUAUCCUAGUCAAUUGAUAGGUUUAACAAUUGCUAAUAUAAUGUAACGAGAAUCGAGAAAUCUUUACUUUCGCGCGCGCACCUCAGGAUAUAUAAUUAUCACGUACAUUUAAGUCUAGUCACAGGAAGAGAUGGAGUGGAUUUAUCGAUCAUACGCGUUAGGAAAUUUUGCUCAAAUCUAGACUACGAAUUAUUGUAAUUUUUCCUAGGCACAUUGCGUUGCGGGGAUGUAUGAUGGAUCCUAUAAAGUGUAUUUAUAAACUAACAAAAUAUAUAAUUAUUCUAUGUCAGAACGUAUAA